CAAACACUAAUAAUAUCUUAAUUAAGCUCAAGCACUUGUGAGUGAGUUACAUAACUAAUUAUUAAGUUGAAGAGAUGGCUUCCAAAACCACUUCCCUUGCUCUUUUCCUCACACUCAACAUCCUCUUCUUUGCACUUGUUUCCGCUAACAAUGCACCAUGCCCUCCUCCACCAAAGCACAAUAAGCACCACCACAAGGGUGGAUCGGGUGGAUCUGGUGGAUCCGGAUCCACCCCAUCCACACCUUCCGGCGGGCGUGGCACUGCAGCCUGCCCACGUGACGCACUCAAACUCGGCGUGUGCGCCAACGUGCUCAACGGUCUUCUGAAUGUGACUUUGGGGCAGCCACCGGUGGCCCCUUGCUGUUCCCUCCUUAACGGCCUCGUCGACCUUGAAGCCGCCGCGUGCCUCUGCACCGCCCUUAAGGCAAAUGUUUUGGGCCUCAACCUCAACCUUCCCAUCUCCCUUAGCUUGCUCCUCAAUGUUUGCUCAAGGAAAGUGCCACAUGGCUUCCAAUGCAACUAAGCAAUGAUGCAAAAUAUAUUUAUGGUAUUAGUUGUUGUUUUAAUUUCCAUUAUUAUUGUUUUCUUUUUCUUAAUUUUUCAUUAUUAAUUGGUGUGUGAUUCUUGUACGUGCAUGGAGAGAUUAACUUCUCGUUAUUGUCCCUUCAAUUCAUUGUAUGCUUUAUCUUUAGAGUGGAAGGGUCUUUCUGAAGCUGUUGAGCUAUAGUGUACUUUAUUUGAUUGAGAAAUGAUUAUAUAUUCCAAUAAUUUUUUGUUA